ACGGAAAUGCACAUAUUGUGCAUGCUGUAGCGCAGUUCGACGAUAAUUACGAAUAUCAUGAGGGUUGGUACCAGCUGCUUAACCGUGAAAACUUGGUGGUAUAAGAAUUCUGAAUGAUUGGAAGAUUAUCAUCCUUGAUCUAAGGAUACCAAGGAUACCAAGAGUACGUCCUUACGUGAAGUUGUUUGAUGUUUCAUUUAUAAUAGAAGCACAUGUAACAAUACCACGUGUCAAACAGUUUGAUCCAAGUUAAAGCACCUUUACGCUUAUUGACAAGGGUUUAAUUUAUGGAUGCACAGAUUAUUUCCGGUAGCGAGGAGUACUCGAGCGUGAUACAAUAAUCAUGCUGUUGUCGCUCAUAAAUGUCACUUUCACGCUCGAUGAUAGUAAUCGACAAUGUACUGAUUUCGGCCAAGCGUAGAGCAGUCAACCGCCAGGCAAACGUAGGAGGUUUCUGCAAUUAAAAGGGAACCGAUGAAGGACGUUUUUAAAAGGAGACACCGUAAGAAUGAAAAGGCCAGCGUGAUCUUAGACAAGCCAAAGUAGAUAAAACUUUUAUCAUUGUCCUGGCCAUUGCGUAUGACGCUCCCCUGAAAGGUUGAAAGCUUGGAAAAGCGACGGUUCGUUUGCUGGGGCAUCCCAUUGUGGAAAACAACAGGGAAACAAGCUGCUCGCAAAGGGAGAGAGAAGGGGCGUUUAGAGUGGCCCAUUUCCCUUAUCACGAUAAAGCGGUGCUCUAACACGGUAGUGUUUUAGAAGUGACACCAAGCGCGGCCAGCGAAGCCGAGAGCCGCUUCAGGGUGAGUCAUUUUCCACGUACGAUCAGUCUGCUCGUGGAUCGUAGCCGCGAUGGAUCGAACAGUGGUGAAGUUGUCGUCGUGGUCGUCGACGUCGUCGCCUACGUGGUCAUCGAUCGAGUCCCUGUGAUCGGUCCAGCUUUUUUUUUUCAAGUAGUCCUUCGAGGAACAAUGGAAUUCGAACUGGUCACCCGAGCAUCCUUGAAUUCUCUUCAGAUGGUGGGCGACGGUCGCAUCGUCUCGCCUAACAGUCUUGACGAAUGGACCUGGUCCAGCUUGAGAAAACAGUUCAAAUACAAGAGCCUAGAGAAGCUGUUCACGGUUUACCAGAGGAGGCUUCAGUAUGGUUAUCUGUCGCUCUUCGUUCUACUACAAUUGGUGCUCGGAAUCACGUAUUGUUUGAUUCUGAUUACAAUGGUCAGCAUCGAGAACUGUGUGCCGGACGUGGUGGUUUGCACCGUGAUGAACGCGUUGCUCUGCCCUGUGAUCGCGCUAUCAUUCAGAUCGAAGAUCAUCUCCAGAAACAAUUAUCUAUCCGUUAUAUUGUCCUGUAUGAUCGUGGUGUUGUUGGUGGUCGGUGAUCUGGCCGUUCCAUUGUACUACACUUUUAUGCACGCCCAUGAGGUACCGCCGAUAAGACCAGCGUACGCAACGCACGCGCUUCUCGCCUGUUACGUCUUCCUACCUCUCACGGAAAAUCUACACGCAUUCAUAUUAGGCGUCACGGCUACCAUGUGUUACCUGGCCACCCUAUCGUUAAUCACUUACAGAAACACGUUCGAUUAUUCGACCAAGAUCAUUACAGACACGAUAUAUUUUAUUUGCGUGAAUGGGCUAGGAUUAUACUUUAGAUUUAUGAACGAAGUCGUUAUUAGACGAUCCUUCCUCGAUCGUCGGAAGUGCGUUGAAUCGACGUUGCGAUUGAACUAUGAAAAAGAUCAAGAGGAACAACUGACACGGAGCAUCCUACCGCAGCAUAUAGCCGCGAAGAUCAAGAAAGAUUUUCGUGAUAUUUUUAAAUUUAUCGAGGAACACAAGAAACCUCCGCCUAAAGGACGACCGCAUCACGAUUUAUGCGUCGAAACGCACAACAACGUGAGCAUUUUGUACGCUGACGUGGUGAAUUUCUCUGGAUUGACCGUAACGUUACCCGUACGAAAACUGGUGGAGACGUUAAACGACUUGUUCGGUAGUUUCGACGAGGCUUCCGAAAGGCAUAAUGUUCUGCGAAUCAAAUUUCUGGGUGAUUGCUACUAUUGCGUCAGCGGUGUGCCAACGCCGAAUUCCCAGCAUGCGAAAAGCUGCGUGGAUCUAGGACUCGAUAUGAUUAAGAUCAUCAAAGAGGUGAGAGGUAGGGUUCGACGCGAAUGCGGGGUGGAUGUAAACAUGAGAAUAGGGGUUCACUCGGGCAACAUAAUAUCAGGAAUUCUGGGUGCCAAUAAAUGGCAGUACGACGUUUGGUCACGCGACGUCGUUAUAGCUAAUAAAAUGGAGCAAACAGGACAACCGGGCAAGGUACACGUAACGCAGCAAACGUUGGAUCUCGUGAAUGCUUCCGAGUACGAUUGCGUACCGGUGGAUUCCAUAAACGACGAGAUGCUGAAGAAAUACGGAAUUCGUAGCUACCUGAUCACACCUUCGCUUCCUCCCGAUUCGCCUACCACGCAGAACAGCGAGAACACCUUGACAGUCAUCAGUCCGGACUCCCCUCCGGUGGCUAACAAGCAUUACGUGAGAUUCAGUAACGUCCGUACCAGUAACGUUAGCAGUUCUGGCCCGAGAAACAGCAGACGUCUGACCACCACUAUAAAUAAUCAUGUUGACGUGUUCGCCGGCACUUAUAGACGGCGUACACACUUCAUGGACUCCUGUUUGCGAGAUUAUCAUCUGAUGCUAAAAGCCGCAGAUGCGGAGAUGGAAAAUGCUAUUAAGCAAAUGCCUCUCACUAAGUGGGAACAAUGGUGCAGAUGGGAACACAUCAAUCCUUUGUUAUUGACCUUUCAACAGUGGAACUGGGAGAUACCGUUCCUGAAGGAACCCGAUCCUCUCUUUAAAUUUUACGUUAGCUCCGCUGUUUUUGUUCUAAUCUUUAUGGGACUCAUUUACUUGGUACCAGCAAUUUCCGUCUCUGAAUGGCACUUGAGUACGACAAUCAGUUACUCGGUUGCGAUAUUGUUCUUGAUUGCUCUAAUACCGAUCGUUUGGAUGCAUUUCGCGUGGAAUCGAUAUAAAGAUCCGCACGAUGAACACGAAGGACACGUUCCACACCCUCGUAACAAAUUAUUGUGCUUUUUGUAUCAAACCAGUGUAAAGGUGGUAUGGAGCACGUUUCUUCGAACAAUAUUGUAUUUGGUGAUGACGAUAAUGUUAGCAGUGUGUGCCAUGUUCGAUAUGAUUUUUGAAUGUAACAAUGUGGACGAGCUUGCAAGCAACAACAUAACGUCUAGCGUAGCAGAACCUGGUGCUUCUAAGCUCGAAUGCGUAGCUACACCUUGGCAAAUGACACAGACUUGUUCCUUGGCAAUUCUAACAAGUUUCUUGUUUCUGAGGCUCCAUUACCUUAUAAAAUUAGUAAUGGGCAUCGCGGUGGUGGCAUUUUACUCGUGGAACGUUUGGAUACACCGUUCGAAUUUGUUUCAGUCAGGUGAAAGGUGGAAUCCGUAUCUAGAACCAAGACUGGCUCACGUUUUAAGCAUUGUUUUUCUCACCUUUUCUUUGCACCUGAUCGAUCGCCAGGCAGAAUACUUGAGCAGAUUAGAUUAUCUAUGGAAGCGUCAAUUAACCAAGGAGCAGGACGAAGCGUUUCAUACUAGGAACGCCAAUAAACUGCUACUCCGUAACAUCUUGCCAGAACACGUUGCGGAAUUCUACUUAAACAUGAAUAGAACCGAAGAGAACGAGCCAUACCACGAAGCACACAACAACAUUGCUGUUAUGUUUGCUUCGUUAACCGAUAUAUCCAUCGAUGAAAGCAACGUUUUGAUAGAUUUGAACGAGAUUAUAUGUGAAUUCGACAAAUUAUUAUUUGAACCGUACUUUGUUUGUCGAAUUGAAAAAAUCAAGAUUGCUGGUACCACAUACAUGGCAGCAUGUGGAUUAGAAGCGACUCGACGUGAUUCAAUGCGCAGCUCAGAAAGCGAAGAAAGUUUCAACGAUAACGUGGUGAAAGUAAUGGCUCAGUUUGCAGUCGAAAUGAUGGCAGUUCUCAGUAAACUAAACGGCAGAUCUUUCUACCGAACUAAACCAUAUAAAUUAAGAAUCGGCAUAUCACAUGGAGAAGUAACAGCCGGUGUAGUGGGUGCUCAGAAACCACUGUACGAUAUUUGGGGUGAUGCUGUUAACAUGGCAUCAAGAAUGGACACGACGGGUGUUCCAGGAAAAAUACAGGUUACAACGGAUACUGCGGCUGUUCUUGAACAGCAAGGCGUUAAAUGCCAUCUUCGAGGAAACACGUACGUCAAACCAAAAGGAUACGUCACGACGUAUUUUGUCGGCAUCGACGAAGAACGACAGCUCGAGAGAAUGAGUUCCGUCGAAGAGACUAGUCUAUGAUCCGAAGGUUAAAUUAAUUUUUCAUAAAUCAAUUUGCAACCUUGGUUAUAGUGUACAAUAGUUGACCGAGGAAUCGUACGCAAAGUGAAAUUAAUAGAAAAAGGGAGAGAAGAGAAACCAAAGAAACUUUGAAAGACCAAAGAACUGACAUAAAGAAACGUAGUUAACGGCUGCGAUACUAAUGUGGAAUACCUCAAUCGAGUUUGCAGUGAAUUGUGGAUAGUAUAUGGAUAUGCAGCGUCUCUUUUAUAAAUGACGAAUGAUUUUAUAUGACCAAUAUACGUGAUAAGGACAGUUCGAGGAUGAUGCUGUACCAGCAGUUUUCCAAUUUGUGAAGCUAUCGAUUUACAGAGAAAAUUCUGGUUUCACUUGAAAAACCUCGCUAAUCAUAAUUACUAAAUAUUAUUUUCUUCGACUACUUGAAAUGUUUAUAUUGUAAAUAACGCAAGAAAGUUUUUAAACGGUUGACGUUGUUUGGAAAAAAAAAGGUAACUUAAAAACGAAGCACAAUCCACUGAAAGUACGAUGUAACAAUAAUCGACGAUAAAAGAUUUCUGCUGUCGAUGAUUCGACGCUUUAGUGAUUUGAGAGAUAAUCAAAACUGAUAUAAUGCUUUAUUUAUAUCGAUGCAUGUGUACGAUAACGACGUGUUUCAUCUGUAUAUUAAAUGUACAAUUGUACCGUGUCCGAUUAACAAACACGUAGUUAGUUCAAAAUAUUUAUUAACGUAGGUUCUUUCGGGGUCAUGACAUUAGGCGAGAAUAUUUUGAAAAUUUCUGUGUACUCUUCAAAACUCAGCCUUGAAAUAACUGGACCAUUCUAAGUUCUAAUUCAUGCGUAUACAUAUACAAGGUGUUCAACAACAGGUGGUAGAUUUUUUAAGGGGUGAUUCUAGGGAUCAAAAUAAGACAAGAAUCGAGAAUGACGAAAUAGCGUUUGAGGUUUUGUU